AUGGCAAUCACAUCGCGAGUCGGCGCAAUCCUCGUGGGAGUGCUUCUGGUCGUAUACGUCGGCCCCGCUGUCUAUUUGGCCAUAGUUCGGACGGGACUCUUUGUGGCAUGCGUUGGCGCCAUUGCCGCAAUAACCAACCCGUCGGACGCAUCCUUUGCCGUCUGGCUUGCCGCAAGCCACAAUCAGAAUACCGCCGCAAGCGCUGGAUCGGCUUUGUCCGUACUGACAUGGAUGCGCUCCGCCAUUGCAUCGUGGUCGUUGUUGUCGGAGGAAGAUGCCGCGUCGUGGGUUCGGCACAACAUGGUCGUCUUCACGUUGGUUCAUGUUCCUGCCGUCGAGCGCCAUGCUGUUGGAUGCUUUGGACUGUGGAUAUGGUGCGACACAUCGUACCCGCUUUCGUGGUUGACAAGGCGCUACGGACCCACCAUUGUCGCCCUCACCCAAGGGGGCACCCGUUCUGGCCUUCACGUGAAUCAUGCUGCUGCUUCCUCCACUCUCCCAGUCGUAGCCCAUCCAGCACAAUAUGUGGCCAAGGCCAGGACCUUUCUAGCGCAAUGCGACCACGCCGCUGCCGCGGACGCCUACUUGGAGGCUGCUGCCGCUGUCACAACAACGAGCCAAUCACUGCAUUACCGCCUGGAUGCCGCGCGAUGUCUGGCUAGCAGUGUCGACAAGCACAAGUCCAUGGGUCGAGUGGAAAGGCUCUUCCGGAUGGCCAGCGAGGAAUUCGCCUCGAAUGGGUACUUUGACGAGGCAGGGCAGUGCCUGUUGGAACUGGCCGACGCUUUCAACCACCAACGACCGACUGACGAUCAUAUGGCCGACGGGUGGCUAAGCCGGCAGUCGGCGCUGUACAUCGAAGCAAUGGCAGUGUUCGAUGCCGGGGACGUCGGCGCGGCGGCGGCGGCGGCAGGCAUGGCGGCCGCCGCAGUGUAUGCCACGCAAGCCAUGAAGAUGCCACGAGAUGCAGAAACGAGGACCCGCUGGCUGGCGACGGCGUCCGCCCAGUACCAUGCCGUGGGGGUGCGCUACCACCCGAGUAAGCUGUCCAAGCAGGCGUCCAUGUUGAGCAUCUGCUGCUUUGUCGACGACAUGGAGCGGGCAAGGCGGGCGUUCUGCAGCUACGCGGAAUCUGCGACAUCGUUCGACGCACCCGAUUGGCUGCUCCACGGACUCUUCGAAGCAUAUGAACAGUGGAACCCACUCGUGUUGGAUGCCGCCGUCGCCGCGUACGAUGCAUCGGACUUUGCUCCCAUGGUGGUGUGGCAGAAGCAAGCGUUGGGGCAGUGGAAGGCCAAGUUGGUGGCUGGAGAUCUCACUUAACAUGCACAAAAACUAUACUAACGUUACAUACUAUUAAUAAUAGUACACAAAUAUUAUUAGUAUUAC